AUGGGGGGCCCUCGGCUACUCUGCUUGCCGCUGUUUCAGAAAUAUCACAAACCACCCCCCAGCCGCCCACACCGCCGUUUCCCCGGGGGAUGCUCGCGCAGGGGCCGGGGCGGGGGCAGGCCCGAGGGGAGACCCGCGCCCCGCCGCCCUCUCACCCACCGCAUCCCCGGGGAGCCAACAGCUUCCUGUCCGCUCCGGGCCCGCCGGCAGGACGGACCGCCCGGCCGGGGCCGCCUGCAGCCCGGGCCUCUUCGCCCCCCACCCCGCCCGGCCGUGCCCGGAGGCCGGCGGCGAAGCCCACGCCCGGGGAAGGCGAAAGAAGAGCGGCCGCCCCCUUUCCCGUCCCUUCCUUUCCCUCCCGGCCCCGCACAAUGCGGCCGCGCCGAGCAGGCCCCGGCCCCGGCGCUUCCUUCCCCCAGCCCUUCCCAGCCGGGGAGCGGGUCACUUACAUGGCUGGAGCCCGGGGAGGAGGAGGCGGCGGCGGCGGCAGGGGAAGGGAGCCGGGGAAGGAAUCAGGGGAAGGGGAGGGAAGGGGGGAGCGAGCCAGCGAGCGAGCGGGGGAAGGGGGCGGCCGGCGAGGCGGGCGGGCUCUGCGGCGGGCGCCGAGUGAAGGCCUCACUGGGCUCCCGGCAGCCGCCGCCUCCUCCUCACCAUCCCCGGGCGGCGGGGCGGCUCCUCCUCCCCCUCUCACAGGCGCUCGGCCCGUGGGGUUCGCACGCCCGCUCCGGCUGCCGGCUCGCCUUCCCCGCCGCUCCGCCCUGCGAGGCCGCCCCUCGCCUCGCUGCGCCGCCGCCUCCCCCCGCACCCUCGGGCCGCGCUCCCGCCGCCCGGGCCGGGCUCGUCCCGCACGCGUCUCCGCGGCGCUCGCUCACACCCUCCGCGGAGCAGCCGCUGGGUCCCGCCGCCGCUUCCCGCCCGUGCCGAGGGGCCGCCCCGCUCCGCGCCGCUCCCCGGACGGGGUUCGUGGCCUCGCCACCCUCCGAGCUCCCACAGCGCGGCGGAGCAGCGCCCGCCGGCCCGGCCCCCUCCGCCCACCCGCCGGCCCGGCCCCAGGCCCCGGGGGCGGCGUUUCCUGGCCCCGGGCGUCCCAGUGUUCCCCCUGCCCCUGGCACAACGUCCCGGCCCUGGACCCGAGCGCUGGGGACGCUGUGCCCCGGGAGGGAUGUGGCCUCUUGA